GUCACGAGUUGAAAUUCAGUGUCAUGGCUCCUGUGUGGUGUUAUGAAAGAUGUUUGGUGUGUUGAAGCGAAACAGAAAUUAUAAUCCCCUGAUUAUGAAUGUACACAGUAUUCUUAGGUUCCGUGUAUGUAAUUCCAGACUACUUUAUUAUAUCUAAUUUCGUAUAUUAUGAAAGACGUAAGUUUAUGAAGAAUAAUUAUGCCUUCUUCAAGCACACUGACUUAAAAUUAUUAGUCUCAAUUUUUUAAAUUUUCUGCAGAGUUUGACUUAAAAACUCCAGUAUGAUGAAAUUAAUUCAUGUAACUGUGAUGGUCCAGGGCCAAAUUUGGGACGAAAUCCUGAUUUCUCAAGAUCAUGUAUUAUUUAUAACAUUUAGAAGCAGCGAUUUUGCACACCUGGAAUUAUGGGAAAGUAUUAAAGCUAAAGAAUUAAUCAUGUUAGAGCAUAAAUGUGCUACACCACUCAAAUUUAAUAAUAGUAUACUGAACAUCAAUGGACAAGAUAUUAUGGAAAAGGUAAACAAAUUAGAUAUUUCAUCCCAUGAGGAAGGUGAUACUGAUAUGUUAUCGGAGCAGAAAUUCAAGAUAUCAAGGUGUGUACAAAAACUGUACAUAAAUGGGUAUCUUCUGUCUUUAUUUGUCAAAACGUUACAACGAUCUGAAGUGUACAGGAGAAGUGUUGUUAAACAUUUCAAGGAGUGCAUCGGAAAGACAGGAAGAAUAUCCCAUCCAAGUGGCAUAAUUAAAGUCAAUAUGAAGUUGGUGUGUCCCCAUAAGCACAUAAUUGACUUUUCAUGGAAUGAGCGAAUUGAAAAACUGGUACUACAGAGAAGGGAGUUGGAUAAUGCUAUGUCAUGGUUGUCAACCCUAGGCGGCGCUUUCUCGGCACUGGGAGAGGAAUUCAAACACUGUGCAGAGAUUGCGGGCCGCAUUUCAGUUAAACAGUUCAACAUUGCACUGAGUCUGGGAGACCCUACGAUUGUGGCUCGAUGUAAACUUUAUCUUGCCCUCAGUUUAGUACAAAGAGGACAUCUGGUGCCUGCCCGCCGCAUCAUAGAACAGCAGUAUUAUCUAGCAUGUUCUGCUCCUGUUUUGGACACACAGCUGAUUUCCAUAUGUCUCGGAAUAUGGGCUAAACUGAAAUAUGAGCAUCACAGGAGGAGGACAGAGCAAAGAGGAAAGAAGUGACAAGGUUGCUACAAACAAACUUUGUCACUAUCAUCCAAAUUUGUGUCGUGGAUGUCAUUCAGUUUUACUCCUGACGACACAAGAAAAUUGGUAUGAAGCUCUCAAGGUUUUGUCUUCACAGAGAAUUUUCUGACAGCUGAAAGGUGUUCUGCAACAAAACGAAAGCUUAUUAUACGCCAGGGUUGGCAAACCGUUUUUCUGCAUAGUGCCAACAGUCGUUGUUGCUCCAGUACCACCUCGCGGACUGAACGAGACAUCUACUGUUGCACGUGUAUUACACAGUUCUUCUGUUCUUGGCAUCUGUGUGGUUUUGAAUAUAACACAAAUGAUAUUUAUGGCUUAAGAUGGCUUCUUAAAUUUGUCUUAUGUAUUUUGUGGUUAAAAAUAAUCAACGUGAUAAUACAGAUGUUCCUCGAUUUAUGUUAUAUCCAUUCCAAAAUAAAGUUGCAGAGUGUAAAAUUAUA